GGCGGGGCCCGUGAGCCAUGGCCGCUGAGCCUGCGCGUCCGGAGCCUGUGCUCCGCAACGGGAGAGGCCACAGCAGUGCGAGGCCCGCGUACCGCAAAAAAAAUAAAAAAUAAAAAUAAAUCCAGUACCCAUCCGAGGAGACGCUGGGAGGCACACGCAAAUGCAACGGAGGAAUCAAAGCAGAAAGAAACCAGACUAAAGCCAGGUGCGAGCAGCCAGCGGGCACUGGGAGGACGGAACGGUUCCAGCUGAAGACGGUUGAGUCCAGGAGUCACAGGCGCCUCUGAACCGAGUUCUAUGAACGGGUAGGACUUCCACACGCGGCUAAGACGCCACACGUGAGAGACACCGCAAAGGAUCUUAGCAAAGGCGCAAAGACCAAAAAUUGACUUGUCUCGGUCAGCAGAAGUGGCUGCAGAGUGUUUAUCACGCAAAAUGCCGGAGGGAUGAUAAGGCUAACUGGCAUAACAACCCCUGCCGCACCUCAAGGUGCUAAACCGGAGACGGGACGUAAAGAACCAAAGUGACGGUAAGAAAGCCAGGAGGACCACGGCUCGGUCGCUCUCCACUAUCCUCUAGGGACAACGCGACUCGGGGCCAGCACGCAGCGAAACAGCGCCCCCCUCGGGCGGCAGACGUUCUGAGUCAGCAACCGGCACGAGAACUACAGCUCCCGCCGCGGCCUGGGGAUCUGGCCCCGCCCCGCAUUUCCACUUCCGCCGCCCUCCGGUCUGACCUACCAGGGAGCGAGCCUGGCGCCUGACCGCGCGUGACCCCCGCGUGACCCCGCGUGACAGGGGCCCGAGCCGAGAGGCCGGGAGGUGGGAGUCUGGGACCCCAGAACGGCGACCCGCAAAGGUGGAACUAAACUUGCAAAUCUCAAUAGGGAUUGGAGUUGAUGCCGCGAGGGCGGAGCCUAACGCCCACGGUCCUGGCCAAUCAGCGUCCGGGAUGAUCUGAGAGGCCGGGAAGGGGAAAGGGGCGAAACGGUUCUACGGUGACAUGCCGCGGGGUCUAGUGGGAGCAGCAGUUGCCCAGCGGCCGCCCGGCACUUCCUGUUUCCGGUUCCCGGAGUGGAACCCAGCGAGGCGCUCGUGGGGUCGCUGGCUCUGCGGCGAGCUCUGGAACCGGGGUCUGCGGCCAGCCCCUCGCUGGUCCUGUCUCCCAGCCGCGAGCAGGUACUCGGCCGGGGAUUCUGAGCUGUGGCUGCUCCGUUUGCCCGUGACACGAUGCUCCCCCUCUACAGCUCCUGGGGGACCGGCCUGCUGCUGCUGCUGGCCGCGGCAGUAAGAGAAUCCUGGCAGACCGAAGAAAAAACAUGCGACCUGGUAGGAGAAAAGGAUAAAGAGUCAGAGAAAGAGCUGGCUCUACUGAAGAGGCUGACACCGCUGUUUAACAAAAGCUUUGAGAGCACCGUGGGCCAGGGCUCAGACAUGUAUAUCUACAUGUUCCGGGUGUGCCGAGAAGCUGGCAACCACACCUCUGGGGCAGGCCUGGUGCAGAUCAACAAAAGUAAUGGGAAGGAGACAGUAGUAGGGAGACUCAACGAGACUCAGAUCUUCAAUGGAAGUAAUUGGAUCAUGCUGAUCUAUAAAGGGGGUGAUGAAUAUGACAGUCACUGUGGCAAGGAGCAGCGUCGGGCAGUGGUGAUGAUCUCCUGCAAUCGACACACCCUAGCGGACAAUUUUAACCCUGUGUUUGAGGAGCGAGGCAAAGUCCAAGAUUGUUUCUACCUCUUUGAGAUAGACAGCAGCCUGGCCUGUUCCCCAGAGAUCUCCCACCUCAGCGUGGGUUCUAUCUUACUUGUCACGUUUGCAUCGCUGAUCGCUGUCUACGUCAUUGGGGGGUUCCUGUACCAGCGACUGGUGGUGGGAGCCAAAGGAAUGGAGCAGUUUCCACACCUGGCCUUCUGGCAGGACCUCGGCAACCUGGUAGCAGAUGGUUGUGACUUUGUGUGCCGAUCUAAACCCCGAAACGUGCCUGCUGCAUAUCGUGGUGUGGGGGAUGACCAGCUGGGGGAGGAGUCAGAAGAAAGGGAUGAUCAUUUAUUGCCGAUGUGAUUGCACUUUAAAUGUCCGGCUUCUUCAGCCCCCAAACCAAAGCGUCCUCAGCCAGGUUUCUUAAGCAGCCUCCACUCCAGUCUCUCAUCUCACCCUUAAUAUUGCUCUUACUUUCCGGUUUGCUUUUGGUUUGCAUCCACUUGUCAGUAGUAGAAAUGCCUUCCCUUUGUUCCCUAUUUGUUUUCCCUCCUGAGAGGUACAGUUGUAGGACAGAGCUAAUAUAAUAGGGCCAAUGACAGCAGAGGCUGUUGUACUGUCUCUUGGUAUGAGAAAGUACAAGUAGGGGAGUUUUCAUGAGCAAAAGGGUGUGGCAGGCUCCCUGACCCUUCCUUUUUUAAACACGUUUUCACAAGUUUUUGAGACACUGGAUUUCUUUAAUUAAAAAAAAAAAAAAAAAGCAAAGAAA